AGAUGAUUGUCAAAACAAAAGUGGCAAAUAUUUUUUAAAUGUUACCGAAACCAAUAGUUUUACCUUCUUUGCCAUCUAAUUAAACUUAGUGUACAUCAUGGAUGAGGAUAACAAAUUACCUUUGAAGCGAGUGGAACUUUCAUUGACGAAAUUCAAUGAAGUUGCUAUUCCGCACCAUUUGGAUCUGCUGCGACAACACAAAGCCAACAUAAUCAAGCACGAGGCGGCGGGCGCGCUGCCGCGCGUGCGCGCCGAGCAGACGCACGCGGCGCGCGUGGCGGCGCAGCUGCGCGCGCUGCUGGCCGAGCUGGCCGAGCUGCGCGCGCAGGUGCGGCCCGCCGACCUGGCGCGCUUCGACGCGCUGACGCAGCGCAGCCGCGACCUCACGCGGCGGGCCAUCGUCGACUACCUGGAGACGCCCCCGCUGAAGAUGACGCGCGCGGCGCCGGCGGAAGACGCGGGCCAAGCGCACAGCGCGGUCUCCACCGACUCGGUGGGCGUGCUGCGGGGCGAGGGCGAGGGCGAGCUCGUGCAGCUGCGCGUCGACGACCACGAGCUGGCGCUGCGCGAGCGCGAGGCCGUGCUGGCGGGCUGGGACGCGCUGCAGGCCGAGGUGCGCGCGCUGCACGACGUGUGGCAGCGGACGCACGCGGCCGCGCGGCUGCAGGCGCGGCUGGUGGACGACGCGGCCGCGGACGUGCACGCGGCCGACGCCAACGUCGCCGCGGCGCGCCGCGCGCUCUCCGCCGCAGAGAAGUUGAAGGUGAGCGCGUACGGCGCGGGCGGCGCGCUGCUGGGCGCGCUGGCGGGCGGGCCGCUGGGGCUGGCGGCGGGCGUCAAGGCCGGCGUCGCCGCGGCGCUGGGCGGGUCCCUGCUCGGCUUCGCGGGGGGCCGGCUGCUCGGCAGGAGCCGGCUGCCGCGGCUGGAGGCCCCGCCGGCCGCGCCGGCGCCCGGCCCCGACGCGCCCAAGGACAAGGCGCAGUAG